AUGAAUAAGAUUCCAACAGUCAUUAAGAAGUACAAAUCAGUUGAUUCAGUCCUUGAUGAAAAUAAAGAUGUCCAUUACUCAACAAAGUUCCUAACUUGUCUUGAGCCACCUGGAUCUCCACAACAUAAACCUUUUCUGAAGGUAGGAGUCCCAAUAAUGUUUCUAAGAAAUUUAGAUCCUUCUAAAUUAUGCAAUGGGACAAGGUUGAUUGUGAAGACACUACCACCUAACAUGACGGAAGGUACCAUCAUCAAUGGAUGUUCCUCUGGGGAAGAAGCCUUCAUUCCAAGAAUUCCAAUCAAACCAACAGACAUGUCAUUUGAGAUCAAAAGAACACAAUUCCCAGUGCGACUUGACUUUGCAAUGUCUAUUAAUAAGGUUCAAGGUCAGUCUUUGAAAUCUACUGGUUUGCUUUUCUCAUGGUCAACUACUUUAUGUCGGUUGCUCCAGGGCUUAUUUGUCUAUGCUCCAAACCAGAAAACAAAGAAUGUUGUUUUCCCAGAAGCUCUUCCGUAA